AUGAGGUCAAGGAGAAGAAAGGAAGAACUAUCGUCGCAAAUUAGAAGGCAAGGAAACGCGGCCACUUUUCACAACCGUAAUAGGGCCGGUCCAACGUUGAGCUUGUGUGUCCCAGCCAAGCUCCCCAAUGCAGUAACAAUGCCAGGGUCCCCCACCCGGGAACCAAGCCGCCUUGUGCAUCAUGAUCGUCCCGUGGGCAUGUUCGAGGAUCCCAUUUUGGGUCAGUGUCCAACGGGAAAGCUAAGACCUCACCCAAAGUCUCGGUGCCUGUCGUCCAAAUCGGCUAGUGAACAAGCUCCUUGUCGAGUAAUGGCGUAUCAUGGGUCUUUGGAGGACCUGUGGGCCCUUAGAUGGCGGCCCUGA